AUGCCUAGUAGUUCUUCAUCUUCGAAAUUCACCGAAUCUUUAAGUAUACAACCUUCAGGAUCUUAUGAUGUUUUAACAAAUCAAGUUAAACCAUCUAUUUCCCCUCUUGAUAAUAAUUCAAAUUCACUUAAUAACAACAUUGAAAAUGGUGAAAGUCUUUAUACAUCCGUAAAAUCUAUUACAUCAAAUGAUAAAGAAAUUUCUCCUCUCAUAAUUCCUAAAGAACCUCUUCCUUCUUCAAAUGUUUUUCUUGAAAUUUUAAAACCAAAACUUAAUCGUGUUCCAACUGGUCGUCGUCCUAUUAAAUAUCAAAAUCCUACUGAAGAAAUACCUGAAACUCCUACUCUACUUCAAAAAGAGAAAUUUAGAACUUCUGAAAUAAAAAAUGUUGAUUCUGAAAAAUUUAAGCAAAAAGAAUUUGAUGAUAAAUCUCUUAAUAAUUCUGGGUCUAAAUCAAAUUUAAGAGAAAAAGAUAAUGUACCAAUUGAACGAAUUCGUAAAGAUUCUAAAGCUAGUGAAUAUACGUCUGAUGAUUCUAAAGAUAUAAGGUCCCCUUAUGUAAGAGACGGUGAUAAAUCAAGUGAUUAUAGAGAAUUUGCCACUAGACCUAAUAGAAUCAGAGAAAAUGAAGAUGAUGAUAAUAAACCAUUACGUGGUCGGGCUAGAUCGAAAACAAAUGAUUUUGAAGAACGUGGACGUGCUAAAUCUAGAGCUCGUGAAACUGAUUUUGAAGAACGUGGACGCGCUAAAUCUCGAUCUCGUGAAACUGAUGAGCGAGAUGCUAAAUCAAGAACUCGUGAAGUUGAUGAACGUGGUCGUGCAAAAUCAAAAACUCGUGAAAUUGAUGAACGUGGUCGUGCAAAAUCGAGAACUCGUGAACCUGACGAAAGGAGUCGUGCUGUAUCUAGAUCGAGAGA